AUGACUAUUGAUCAGGCGCUGGCGGCGCAUCCCAAGGAUGCAUUGAUCCCUACUGAUAACCAUCAACGGCCAACAGAGCAAGCGCCCGAGAGUGAUGCUGAGACCACAGUCCAGUCAACAGCCGUCCAGAAGAGUGAAGCAUGGCAGAGGGCAAUAGAGACUGUGGUCGAGAGUGUUGUCUCUAUCCGCUUCUGCCAUCCGUAUUCGUUCGAUACCAACCUUUCCGCAUCAAGCGAGGCAACUGGAUGGCUGGGUUUGCUGCUAACUCAACAAAGAAUUGUUCUCACAAAUCGACAUGUCGUUGGAACUGGGCCGUGGACAGGAUACAUUCUCUUCAACAACCAAGAAGAGGUCGACGCAUUCCCAAUCUACCGUGAUCCCGUGCACGACUUUGGUUUCCUGAAGUUCGACCCCUCAGCUGUCAAGCAUAUGAAGCUGGCAGCUAUCAAACUUCGGCCCGAUCUUGCCAAAGUCGGUGUGGAAAUCAAAGUCAUUGGAAACGAUGGAGGUGAAAAACUUGGUAUUCUGUCAGGUUUCAUCAGCCGCCUUGACCGGAAUGCUCCGCUGUACAAGGGGUACAUGGACUUCAAUACCUGCUACUACCAAGCAAACGCCUCUGCUGCUGGAGGCAGCUCAGGAAGCCCAGUUGUCAACGUAGAUGGCUAUGGAAUCGCUCUCCAGGCUGGUGGUCGAAGUGAUGGUGCCUCCACCGACUACUUUCUCCCUCUUGACGGCCCGCUGCGCGCUCUUAACAAGAUUCAGCAAGGCCUGUCCGUCCCACGAGGCGAAGUUCAGUGCGUCUUCCAGCUCAAGCCUUUCGACGAGUGUCGGCGACUGGGCCUUAGUUCCGAGUGGGAGACUAUCGCACGCAAGGCUUUUCCGAGGGAAAACAACAUGCUCGUCGCUCACACUGUCCUACCAGAGGGACCAUCGGAUGGCAAGAUAAAGGAGGGUGACAUCUUGAUCAAGAUCAAUGGUGUACUGGUCACUCAGUUCCUCCAAUUCAACACCAUACUGGACGAAAACAUUGGGGAAAAACUCCACUUCUUGCUUCAACGAGAUGGAAAGGAUGUUGAAGAAGACAUCUUGGUCCAAGAUCUCAACGAGGUCACACCUGAUCGCUUUCUGGCCGUCAGCGGCGCAUCAUUCCAUGACCUCUCCUAUCAGGUUGCUCAGAGGUACACAAUUGCUUGUCGUGGAGUCUACGUUUGUGAAUCCGGCCCUUUCCAUCCAUCAGUUCGCAAUGACAUUCUCAUCCAGAGCAUCAGCUACAAGGAUACGCCAGAUCUCGCAACCUUUAUCGAGAUAAUGAAGGAGAUUCCCGACAGAGCGCGGGUUGUCCUUUCUUUCAAAUACUUGUGGGACUGGCACACCCUCCACACUGCUGUCGUGUCUGUUGAUCGACACUGGUUUGGGAAGAUGAGGAUGUUCAAACGAAACGACUCUACGGGGGCAUGGGAUGUUGACAUUCUGGCGGAAGCACUGCCCGCAGUCCCCCAAAAGCCUCUCACUGCAUCCUUUGCUGCUCUCACUCAUGUCCCUCAUCGAGCAGUUGCCGAUGUCGUGAGGAGCUUUGUUCACGUCAAGUAUUCUACAGCCUUGUUGCUUGACGGGCAAUCUGUACAUGAGAAGAGCGGCAUGGGACUUGUCAUUGAUGCUGACAAGGGCCUAGUCCUUGUUGCCAGGAACAUUGUGCCGACAAAGUUCUGCGAUAUCGAGCUUACCUUUGCCGACUCGGUCCUGAUCCCAGGAAAGCUUGUGUUCCUUCACCCCUCUCAUUACUAUGCUGUCAUCAAAUAUGACCCCAGUCUCGUUGAUGCGCCAGUACGAAGUGCAAAACUCAGCACAGAGCAGAUCUCGCAGGGAGCUUCUACCCUCUUUGUUGGACACAACGGGAACGGGGAGAUGGUCUACAGUUCGACAACAGUCACUAGGGUCAUGCCCCUUGAGCGUACUCCCCCCAACCCUCCCAAAUGCCGUCCAAUUAACCUGGACCGAAUCGAUGUCGACAGCAGACUCAGCGCACAAUGCACAAGCGGAGUCCUCAUGACGGAAAAUGGUGAUAUCCAGGCGAUUUGGUUGGUCUUCGAAAGGGAUGACGAUGAGGAGACCAGCUUCGGGCUGGGCUCACUCGCCCUCCUCCCGGUGAUCACAAAGCUCGUCCAAGGAACAAUCCCAAAGCUGAGAAGCCUUCCAGUCGAGCUUGAGGCUGUCACCAUGAUGGAAGCCCGCGUGAUGGGUGUUGCCGAGGAGUGGAUCCAGAAGGUUGGAAAGAAGUCAGUGCAGCAUCGACUCUUCACUGUGAAGAGAGUUUUUGGCCAAGCCCCAGACCAGUUGCUUGAAGGGGACGUUUUGCUGACACUCAAUGGCGAUCUCAUUACCCAACUUCCUGAGUUGGAGGUCAUGUAUUGGCACGAGAAGGUCGAUGCAGUCAUUGUUCGCAGUGGAAAGCAGCUCAACCUACAGCUUGACACACUGCUAGAAGAUGACUUUGAGACAUCCCACGUCGUCAACUUUUGCGGCCUUACGGUUCAGAAGCCACACCGAACCGUCGUACAAUCGAUCAAGAAACUGCCCAGCCAAGUCUACAUCACGACCUGGCUUCAUGGAUCUCCCGCCGCUCUCUACAGCGUCUACGCCACCAGAUUCAUCACCCACAUCAACAGCGUACCCACGCCGGAUCUAGAGUCGCUGGUUCCUGUCGUCGCUGCUAUUCCUGACAACACUUACUUUACUGUCAAGGCCGUUGACUUUUCUGGUGCUCCGUUUGUGGCUACCGUAAAGAAAAACGAGCGGUAUUUCCCGACUGUCGAAUGGAUAGCUGAUGCAUCACGCGAUGAGGGUUGGAGGCGUGUGACCUAUGAUGAAGGGAAGGCUGUGCAAGGCGAGAGCAUCUAUGGAAUUACCUUUUAA